CUUUCAGCCGGAAAUCUGGGUGUGAAGAUAUAGCCUAUAAGCAGGGUGACAUCGAUUGGGACGGUCCUGCUGCUGCUAUAAAAGGGAGACACUCUGUAGCUUGAGCUCCGUUCCUUUCGUCCUCAAACGCCAAAAUGAGCUACGGAUCCGAAGUCUAUUCCUCUUCAUCCUACCGGAAGAUUUUCGGGGAUUCUCCGCGUUUCUCGACGUCCCCGUCCAGAAUGAGUGCACCCCGAAGCGGCUACCGGUCCGUGUCUCAGUCCAGGACCACCAGCUCGGGUCUAGGCUCCUAUAAGCGCAUCGGGCGCACCGGCUACCCAUCAUCAACCUCUCCGAUGGGGAUGGACACGUUUGACUUUGCGCAAAGCACCGUGAUGAGCAACGAGCUGAAAAUCAUUCGCACAAAUGAGAAGGAGCAGAUGCAGGGCUUGAACGACCGCUUUGCCACGUUCAUCGAAAAAGUGCGAUACGUGGAGCAGCAAAACAAGGCGCUGGAGGCCGAGCUGGGGGCGCUGCGUCAGCGUCACACGGAACCCUCGCGUCUCGCUGACCUCUACCAACAGGAGAUCCGGGAGUUGCGUGCGCAGCUGGAGCAGGUGUGCGCCGAGCGGGAGCGCGCUGCGCUGGAGCGUGACGCCGCCGAAGAGGAGCUGCACAAGGUGCAAGAACGCUGCGAGGAGGAGGCACGCCGGCGCGACGAAGCCGAGCGCACACUGCAGGCUUUCCGCAAGGAUGUAGACGACGCGUCUCUGGCGCGCCUUGACUUGGAGAGGAAGGUAGAGUCACUGCUGGAUGAGAUCGGCUUCCUGCGCAAGGUGCACGACGAAGAGGUGGCCGAGCUGACCAGCGUCAUCCAGGCAUCGCAGGUGUCCGUGGAGCUCGAAGUCGCCAAACCCGACUUGACCAACGCUCUCAAGGAGAUUCGCGCGCAGUAUGAGUCGCUCGCCUCUAAAAAUCUGCAGUCAGCCGAGGAGUGGUACCGCUCAAAGUUCGCUGACCUAAACGAGCAGGCGAGCCGCAGCAACGAGGCGAUCCGCGCCAGCCGUGAAGAGGUCAAUGAGUUCAGGCGUCAGCUGCAGUCCAGGACAAUCGAGAUCGAGAGCUUGCGGGGCACCAACGAGUCCCUGGACAGGCAGAUCCGCGAGAUGGAGGACCGUCACAACCUCGAGGUCAUUGGCCUUCAGGACACAAUUGGUGAGAUGGAGAAUGAGCUAAGGACCACUAAGAGCGAGAUGGCUCGUCACUUGAGGGAAUACCAGGAUCUUUUGAAUGUCAAGAUGGCCCUGGAUAUUGAGAUUGCUGCUUACAGGAAACUGCUGGAAGGAGAGGAAACCCGUCUAAGCACAGGCAUGACCUACCAUGUUCCAGGCUCUAUGUCCAGCACCCCGAGCUACAGCUACCAGAGCCGUAUCUACACCAGCUCUCCCAAGAACAUCAAGAAGGAGAGAGAAGACGAGGACAAACCGAGUGGCGGGUCAGACAACUCCGUUUCCAAGAAGGCUGAAAAGCAUGAUAUUGGAGAUGUUGAAGCUGUCACCUCAAAGAAUUAAGUCUUAUUUUCCUCCUUAUUUCACGCCUCACUUCCCCAUCCACCCCCACCCCAACAAUUCUCCUCCACUAGGAAUGUCUGAGAGAGGAAUCCAGUGUAUCAGCUUUCUCGUUCAAUCUCCACUUUACAACUACAGCAACAGGGCGUCUGUCCCCUUAAGAUAGACUGCACACUAUUUAGGCACAGUCAACUCUUUCUCUCUGCUACUCUUACUUGUUAGCUGAUCAGGUCUGCAUUGUUCUGCAUAGGUGUUGUCUUAAAAAAAAACCUUAAGUGCACUAACACAGGCUACACUCAUCACAUUCCAGAAAGCUUAUGUGCAUGUAUGUGUGUGUGAACAUGCACAGUGCGUUCAGGAUAAAAUCUUAAUCAGUUCACAAAUCUUCAAUAUUUAUUUCACAAAAAAACAAAAACAGCACACUAUUUAUUUAUUUAUUUGUUUGUUUGUUUGUUUAUCUAUCUAUCUAUCUAUCUAUCUAUCUAUCUAUCUAUCUAUCUAUCUAUCUAUCUAUCUAUCUAUCUAUUUAUUAUAUAGUUGGUUUAUUUAUUCCAUGGGUAUUCAACAUAUAUUUGUGAAAAUGUCUUGCUUAUAAAGGUCUAGUUAAGUCACAAACAUAACUGGCGACUAAAAUCUUUUAAUGAUUAAAGAUUUAUGAUUUCUUCAUGAGUAUAAAUGAAACACAAAAAUGUUUUGUUUCCCAAUGGUGCUUCACGUUACCACUUUUAACAAGAGACACAGACAAGACAGAUAAGAUGCUUCGGUUCUAAACACACAUCUUCUCUGUCCAGUGUGUGUAAAGCCUUCCUUUGGUCAAUAAGCUUCAGCUAAACAAUUAAUACGAGUGUGUGUGACUGGGUGAGUUGAAACAAAGGAUCUCAUUCAGAAGACAUGCUGGCUCAUGUUUUAAACCUAGACUUGACUCUGCUACAGUUGACAACAAGUUGACAACAUCUGCUGUACAGUAUGGCAAUAAUGUUAGUUGCUAACUCUUUCUCUAGUUUUGUGUAGUUGGUUUCAUCCAAAAUUUUAGUUUUACUACUAGUCCUAUCGUUAUCUGUAUUCGAUUCUGGAUCUGCGUUCACACAUUUGGGCAUAGUAGCAUCACAUCCCAGGUCAUUUCCUCCAAACAUGUUGCCAAAACACGAAAUUCCUCUCCAAGACUAAUCAUGGUGCCAAUCUGACUCUCCCCUGUUUGAGUGCAAGCAGCAGCUGAAAUUAAUGCAUGAUGUUUAUUCCCUGUUUGCAUGUCAAGGGUAUGUGGGUUAUACACCACUCCAUUAUUGCCAUGCAGUUCUUUUCCCCAGUCAUUCAUCCUGCUGCAGGUAUGUCACUCAUGCAUUGAAUCACAUCACAGUAGACUGUGUCAGCUAAUAAGUGCACAAUGCUGCUUGGUAUGUGUGAUAGUAAGACAUUUUACUCGUGAUUGUUCAGGUUAUGAUUGUAUUAGGAUGUUAUGUAAAACUAGGUUGGAAAUAAAGACAAAAAGUUGUUAGAAGUUUAAAUACACACCACCUUCUGUCAGUGGGGAUUUUAUUAAGGCUGUGCUCCCUUGCUAGGAGGAACGGCAUGCUCCCAAUUUCUGUCAAUCACAGUGAUAGUCAUAGGCAUCUUUGAGCUCAUGUAUGAGGAAGAGGGCAGAUAGCGCUUUGUUCUGAGUGUGUUACACUGCCUUGUGACUCAGCAGUUAGAGACAGGAUAGAGACAUAGUUGGUUGACUUCACAUGUCUCAGUGGAAGUAUGUGGUAGCCUUUAUACUCCCUGACUAGAAAGCUGGUAGGUGGGUGAGAACUGGCAGGUGACCAAUUUGGGAGGAAAUAUGGGUAGUAAUUGUGAAUGUAAGGGUCUUGCUUUUCAGUUUAAUGACAAAUAUUAGCACAAAUGUAGCAUGGGCUAACAAACCGAAAGACAUUAAUUAAAGAAGAAUGUUACACGUAUGCACAACAUACUAUCAUCCAUAAUCUCGACCCAGAGCAAAAAUGCACAAGAAAAAAUAACAUAAGCCAUUCUCAAAACCCCCACCUUCUAUUACAAAAUACAAAAUAUAUUAUUCGUAAGGAAUGGCUCAGACUUGCAAUAUACAAAUACCACAAAUACACAGAUUUAUCAUUGAUGCACAAUGCAAAGCUUCCCUUAAAUAUCAGUUUGCAUUAAUUAACUAAUAAUCAGUGCUAGCGUGAAUUUUAUAAUUCUACUUGAUCACUGCCAGGUCUUGACACCACUUGCCUAAAGGCAUUAUAGGCCUGACUUACUGCACUCUUCACUGUGAUCAAUCAACUGUACUGCAGCAUGUUAUAGAGGUUUAUGCUGGAUAGCCUGUACUGAAAAUGGUGAUGGUAAAUUCAGUAGAUUGUGCAUUCAAAAUAAUCCAAACGGUUCCCAAUUAAACAGUUAAAAAGGUUUUAAGGAAAGUUCUGGCAAAUAUUGAAGUUUGUCCUUAUCCAUCGUUUGGGGACCCAUUGCCAUCUAGUGUUUUAAGUGUUUCCUGUGCUAUCUUCAACUAAUUAAGCAUCUGACAAUGAGCUGACAAGCUAGAACAAGUGAGCUAGCACAAGGGAAAAAUCACAAAUGUAUUAUUUGUGGGUCCCCAAACCUGCAUAAUACAAAUAUUGGGUUCUGAACACUUUCUAGAAGACACUUUUCACCUUCGGGGUGUCUAAGCAAAUAAUAAAAUGCUAUGCUGGAAGAUGAAAUGUUGCUAUUUUGAAAGCUUUGCAAGACGCUUCAGAUGAAAAACACAGCCAACAAAAAUCCAAUGAGCAACUGUUAACAAAUACAAAAGGCACAAGUCAACAUUAUUUUACGCUUUAGAUUAUCAAAUUGCCUUAAAUCACCAGCAGAUUGCUGAAGCUAUCAGUGUGUGGGUUUGUGUGUUGUUUCUGCUAAGAAUGUGCUCUGUUGAUCGUUGUCUCUCUAGAUACUACAAUGCUACAAUGAAUAACCUAUAAAAUGAUGUCUGUAGGAAAUGAAUGUAGAUUAUGCACUCUAGUCUUUAUCCUUUAUCCUACUGCUGUAUCACCAAUGACCAAUAAAGACUCAGCAUUAUGAAGUCCA